AUAUUUCAAACUCUUUUCCACAGAUAACGAAAAGGAGACUGUUGAGAUUUUUGGAAAUCAGAGGUUCAUUUCAGCCAUGGAGCAGAUCAAGCAGCAGAUCGCCAGAAACAUCAACUUUGUCCGUUUCGAGGCCACCGACCUCCAUGUGUCCCGGUCCAAGACAGUGCCUGUCCGCUUCUUCCAUGAGAAAGCGGUAUAUGGGAUACCGAUGCCGAGAAGCUACUUGGAGCUGACCCUGAGCCCCAAGAGCAAUGAAGUGGACCACGCCAGUGCUGCCAACUUUAGCAGUGAUGUCCUUUUGAUCCCUGAUCUUUCGACCUUCAGGGUCUUACCCUGGGCCGAGCAGACAGCCCGGGUCAUAUGCGACCCCUGCACGGUGACAGGAAGCCCCCUUCGUACUUCACCUCGCCUCAUUGCCAAGCAGCUCCUUGGACAGCUCCAAAGCAUGGGAUUCUCCCUGAACUCAUCCUUCACCUAUGAAUGCUGCGUCCUAGGAGCGCCGGACCGAAUUGGACCAAAGACACUCCUUUUCCCGGCCACCACUCUGCUCAGCAACCAUGACCUGCCUUUCUUCCAGCAGCUGGUGGACAACAUGUAUUGCAUGGGCGCAGACAUAGACAGCAUCUCCUCUGCAAGCGGCCCCGGCCAGAUGGAGAUCAACCUGAGGCCAGAGUUUGGGAUUGCAGCCGCAGACAGCGCCUUCACCUUCCGCACCGGCAUCAAAGAGAUGGCUCGUAAACACAGUUACAUUGCCAGCUUCUUCACUGACGAUGGCAUGUACAACGCUGGGGUGCUCUCUCACAGCUUGUGGGAUGCUAACGGGCGACGUAGCCUCUUCCAGAGUGGGGAGAAGGCAGGUGAGUUAUCUGAGAUUGGCAGGAAAUGGCUGGCCGGGCUCCUCACCCACUCUGCUGCCCUGAGCUGCCUGAUGUCCCCCGGGCUGGGCUGCCGGAGCCACAUCGCCAAAACGAUUAAAGACCCCAAACGAAUGCUUUGCGCCACCUGCGGCUGCAAUGAUAACAGCAGCUCCUUCAACAUCAAGUGUCAUGGAGGGAGGGAGACACACAUUGACAACAAGUUGGGGUCAGCCAUGGCCAACCCUUACAUCGUGCUGGCUGCAACUGUGGCCGCAGGCCUGGACGGCAUCAGACGAAACCAAGUCGAGAGCAGUCUGAACAAAGCCCCCAGUCAGCAGAAGGAGUUUGCCAUUCCCGUGAAGCUUGACGACGCUCUGGAGGCAUUGGGGGAGGAUCACGUUAUCCGCAGCACCCUCGGAGAGCCGUUUGUUCAGUAUUUCAUCGCCAUGAAAAAGUUUGAGAUUGAGACCCAAGAACUAGAUGAUGAGAGGAAUAAGUGCCUAGAGUAUUUUAUCUAGAAAUCAUUCUCGUUUUAUAAAAUGAGAAACACACUCCCUCCUGCCACACAAAUAAAAGUAUGAAAAACAACAGCUUGAAUAGAUAUUUUAUUUUUAUUUUAUAUAUAAUGUUGAUACCAUAGACUGUUUGAUACUUUAUUAUUAUUAUACAGAUCUGUUUUUUCAUUUCAAAAUAAAGGUAUAAGUACACUCAACGUGCGAAGCAGUGUUAUGCAAUUUUAUUGCUGUGUAUACUUUUUUUAUUACUUUUAAGAACAAUACUGAUGCA